AGAGCCUGCUGGGCAACCCACUCCCAGCUCUUCAAAGUUAGAAGUCUUAGGGAGAAUCAGAACUGUCCCACAUCCUCCCUGGCUGAGUCCCUGGUGGGGACAGCCUCCUGAGUCUCCCAGGGAACAGGGCUUUGUUGAAGGCUGGCUUAGGGGAGGCAGCAGUAGGAGGUAGUAUGCUGAAACGUUUAUGCACAGGGUCCCUGGACAACUUUCACCUGCUGCUGGCUGGGAUGUGGGGCCACAGCCCUCCUGGGGCGCUGUUGGCUGGCGGGCCUGGGGAAAGCCAGCCUGUGAGGGAGGAGGCGGUGUGCUGAGUCAGCGUGACUCGCCAGGAACAGCAGCACUCUGGGGCAGCACUGGGGUUAUUUUUAAAGCUCAGGGCUUCCUUCUAGGCUUGCCCCUCCUGCAUCUUAUUCCUCCUAAUCUCUCCCCCAGCCCCUUUGUCUUACUCUGCCUCCAUCCAGCCUCCAGUCCUCCUUCCCCCAUCAGGCCUUCCUGACACCCCACCUGGGGGGCAGGUUGGGCAGGGAGAAGCUCAUCUCAGGAGAAGCAAGGCCAAGGGGUGUCCUCUGGUCAGGUAUUGGGGGCUGGACACAUGGGCAGCAGGCUUCCGAGUAGGUGUCUGUGUAAACCACGGUGGCCUCUUGGGUCCUGACCUCUGCUCCAUGUCUUGCAGGAGAGCCUGCUCGCUGUGCCCCCAGGUUAUGACGACCCCCAAUAAAGGAAACAAGGCCUUGAAGGUGAAGCGGGAGCCGGGUGAGAAUGGCACCAGCCUGACCGACGAGGAGCUGGUGACCAUGUCUGUGCGGGAGCUGAACCAGCACCUGCGGGGCCUGUCUAAGGAGGAGAUCAUCCAGCUGAAGCAGCGCAGGCGCACACUCAAGAACCGCGGCUAUGCCGCUAGCUGCCGUGUGAAGCGGGUGACACAGAAGGAGGAGCUGGAGAAGCAGAAGGCGGAGCUGCAGCAGGAGGUGGAGAAGCUGGCCUCAGAGAAUGCCAGCAUGAAGCUGGAGCUUGAUGCUCUCCGCUCCAAGUAUGAGGCCCUGCAGAACUUCGCCAGGACUGUGGCCCGCAGCCCCGUGGCACCGGCCCGGGGCCCCCUUGCCACUGGCCUGGGACCCCUAGUCCCUGGCAAGGUGGCUGCCACCAGCGUCAUCACAAUAGUAAAGUCCAAGACGGACGCCCGGUCAUAGGGAUGAGCCGCUGUUUGUCCAGGCGGGUCUUCAAGGGGCCAUUAGGCGCAUGGCGAAUUUGGCAGCCCCGUCUCUCUUUCCUUUUUCUUCUCUUCUCCUCCCUGCCCUUCCUUUCCCUUCUCUUCUCCUCUCCCCUCCUCACCUCCUUCCUUCCCUGCAAAGCACAACCUGCAUCCCAGGGGCACUGGGCUGAGCCCCUUUGAUCUCGUUGUCGUCGUGUGUUUUGUACGUUGGAAUUGGUCAGUUUGGUGGUGAUGUCGGGUCACCCCUAACCUCCUUUGUACCAAGGCCCUGCAGUCUUGGAGUCCAGGGCUGGCACCGUGAGAAUGGAGGAGAAAGUGCUCAUAUGAUCGAGCAAGCAAGCCCUCGGCCUAUGUGUCCCUGAGCGGGGAGGGCUCCUGUCUACCCUCCACUCUCAGGUGGUUGCUCCCUGGGCUGAAAAUGGCAGUUCAGCCCAGCCCAGUGGAAGGAGAUAGGCUCUUCUUUGAAGAGCAGGGUGUGCCACCAGCCUGGGCACAGCAGGUACUGGGGAUGUGUAUGGCUGGAGGGCAGGGACUACAGAGCUUGAGCCUGUUCCUUUGCGAUGAAAAAGACCAAAUCUCUGGUGGUGAGCUUACGUGAAGGGUGUGUCCCGUGUGUCCUUUGAUGGGUCCCGUGUCACUGUUUACAUGACCUAUUUGUGUGGUUAUAUAGCCCUUUAUUUAAAAGAGAGAAGUUCCUUUUA